GUUUUGUGGCGACUGACGACAGCAAAGUGGAAUUUGUGUGUUGUGUUGUUCGGGAAAAUGGGUGUAACGAUUUGAAUUUCGGCGAUUCCCCAGUGUUCAAGCAGGUGCAUCCGGAGUCGAGAGUGUUUUUCGCCCAGCCGAGGAUGCGUGAUUAGCGGCCGAGGGCACCACAAUGUUUCGCUGCAUCCCUAUUUUCAAAGGUUGCAACCGCCAAGUCGAAUAUGUUGAUAAGAGGCACUGCUCGCUGCAGACGGUGCCCGAAGACAUUCUGCGCUACUCCAGAAGCCUGGAGGAGCUGCUGCUCGACUCGAACCACAUCAGAGACCUUCCGAAGAACUUUUUCCGCCUAAGCAAGCUACGGAAGCUUGGCCUGAGCGACAAUGAAGUCCAACGGCUGCCCUCGGACAUACAGAACUUUGAGAACUUGGUCGAGCUGGACGUGUCCCGAAAUGACAUUCCGGACAUACCAGAGCAAAUCAAAUUCCUCAAAGCACUUCAAGUGGCGGAUUUCAGCAGCAACCCAAUUUCAAGAUUGCCUAACGGCUUCACUCAGCUGAUGAAUCUCACAGUGCUGGGUUUGAAUGACAUGUCGUUGACAAACCUUCCAUCUGACCUGGGCAGCCUGACGUCGCUGACCUCACUGGAGCUGAGAGAAAAUCUUCUCAGACAACUGCCAGACUCUCUGGCGCAGCUGACGAAACUGGAGCGACUCGACCUGGGAGACAAUGAGAUCGACUUGCUGCCACAUCAUAUUGGUCAGCUGCCUGCUCUGCAAGAACUUUGGUUAGACCACAACCAGCUUCAAUAUUUACCACCUGAAAUGGGAGAGCUCAAGAAACUCACAUGCCUGGAUGUGUCAGAAAACCGAUUAGAGGCGCUUCCUGAAGAAAUUGGCGGCCUCGUUUCUUUGACUGAUCUUCAUUUGUCACAGAAUGUCCUUGAAACUCUGCCAGAUGGACUCGGCAAAUUGCAUAAAUUGACUAUUCUCAAAGUGGACCAGAACCGUCUAUCAACUUUAAACCCAUGCAUCGGAAUGUGUUGCAGCCUCCAAGAAUUGAUUUUGACUGAAAAUUUCUUAACGCAACUUCCUGCCACAAUUGGCCAGCUAGUGAAGCUCACAAAUUUGAAUGUGGACCGAAACAGUCUGCAGACGAUACCGAGAGAAAUAGGCCACUUGUGCCACCUUGGUGUUCUAUCAUUAAGAGACAACAGAUUGCACUAUCUUCCACAGGAAAUUGGCCACUGCAAAGCUCUUCAAGUGCUUGACAUAGCAGGAAAUAGAUUGCAGCAUUUGCCAUUAACGUUGGCAUCGCUAGGCCUUAAAGCCGUUUGGCUGUCGGAAAACCAAGCUCAACCAAUGCUCAAGUUCCAAACAGAUAUUGACGAGGCGACGGGAGAAGAGGUGCUCACUUGCUUCCUCCUUCCACAGCAGGAAAUGAGGCACCACGAAGGAUUUGGACGUAAUAACUUGUGACAUGUGUGGGAGAUAAUUGUUCUCAACGGCAAUUUUAUUGCAGAUGUCAAUCAUUCUCUAAAUAGUGAUGGAGAGGAGGAUGAGGUUGAAGAUGAGGAGUAUGACGACAGAGUUUUGCCUGACAGAGAACAUUCUCGGACUCACUCUGUUAAGUUCACUGAUGCUGCUGAACCAACUGCUGAAAAUAGAGAUACUCCAUUUGUGCGACAAAAUACUCCUCAUCCGAGGGAGCUUAAGGCGAAGGCUCACAAAUUGUUCGGGAAAGGAGGAAAAGACGGUAGGAGCAGUUUGGAUUCACAGGGCCAGGAAUUCUCUGGGAUGGAUGGAGAGGAAUCUCCAAUGGAGCAACAAGCUUUGCCCGCACCAGUUGAAGAACAGAGGGAGCUUCAUUUAAUAAAUGCCAAGGCGGCUGCAGCAGUUGCCAAAGCCAAAGCUGAAGCCAGAGGUGAUCAGGAGGAGAAUUUAGAAGCCGAAGAAGAAGACGAAUUUAUGGACCCGAUGAGCGAAGAAAUCAAACCGGUGGAGUUGGUAAUGCCUGUUGCGCAAAAUGGACAUCACAAUUUGGAGGUGGAAGAAAACGAGGUGGCUGAAGACUCUGGCAGCAUCGACCUUCAGGAGGAGGGUCGUGUCCGGUUUGACCCUGAAACCGGGCUAAGUGAGGAGGAGGAGCCGAGGGCAAAUAGGUUACAUAGGCGGGACACACCUCAUCACUUGAAAAAUAAACGCAUCCAGUCAGCUGGAUCGGAUAGGGAACAAGUGGCGCAAAUAUUAGCGCAGGCUGGUAAAAAGAAGGAGGAUCAGGAGCAACCAGCAAACAAAACAUCUGGUGCUGACUCGGAGGUUGAUACCACUGAUGCAGCCAUGCCAAGAUACGAAGACGAGCUUCGGAUCAUAAUUGAAAAGCGGGGACAGGGUCUUGGAUUGUCAAUUGCAGGAGGGCGUGGUUCUGUCCCUUUUCGAGGGAAUGAUGAGAGCGUUUUUAUUUCUAAAGUUACACCCGGUGCUCCAGCUGCCCUUGCUGGUCUCAGGGUCGGUGACAGGGUUUUAGCUGUUAAUGGAAUGUCCAUUAUUGGUGCUGAUCAUUAUGAGGCAGUCGAAAUGCUUAAGGCUUCUGGCCAGACAUUGGAUAUGAUUAUUGGCAGGGAAGUGCCACGUCCCAUCAUUCACUCAAAGAGUCCAAAUAUUAGAGCAGAAUCAGCCAUGGAACAGCAGCAUCAUAGACCUCCCUCUGCAAAUGGAAGCAUCAACUCGUUUCAUUCUCUGCCCGCCACCCCAACUGUUGCCCUCAGAAACGUCCCACCUUCGAAUUCCGCCAAUAUGAUUGGAAAAGAGGGCAUGGAGCUUAGAAAGGAAAUGGUUCACACGACUUUGAUCAGAGAUUCAAACGGUCUUGGAUUCAGCAUCGCUGGAGGAAAAGGAUCGCCAGGAUUCAAAGAGGGCUCAGAUGUGAGUGUCCCUGUGGAGGCCAUUUAUGUGUCAAAAAUCACAGAGGGUGGAGUUGCAGAAAAGGACGGAAAACUGUUGGUCGGCGAUAAAGUUAUCUCGAUUAAUGGCGUUGAUGUUCAAGGGGCAAGGCACGAUCAGGCUGUUUCCAUGUUGAAGGGUCUUGAGCGUUUUGUUCGACUGGUAAUUGAGAGAGAAGUUUGGGUGCCAGCAGGUCAAAUUGACCCAUCUGGCAAAGUGCCUCACGUGUUUGGUGUACCUAAGCCAUACACCGGCUUGCACUAUGCGGCCAACAGCUACAUGGCCAACCGGCCAAAUAUGACGUCUUACAGACGACCAAACUUGACAACAUCUUCACCUGAAUCAUCGACCAACUUUAAGCUUCAGGGUCUGAGGAACGAAGCUGUCACCAUCCCUCCAAAGUCACCGUUGGCCGUCAGCAAACCCCUUACUUUGACCUCGUCCAUGUCUCAACCUGAAAACGUUACAAAGGUCCCGCCUCAGCCAGCUCCUAGAAGAAUCAACUCUGUUUCAAGUCAGAGUGACAUCAAGGAAACCAGUGCAGCUCCAGCCGUCAUUCCAAAACCAAUAACCAACGAGGAAUUUGAGGCAAUGAUUCCUCCUCACUUUUUGGGUGCAGCACCUGAAGACAGUGCUCCAACCAGUGGUGCUUUGGUCAGUGUAACCAUUAAGAAACCAGAUCCUGUAGCGCAGCAGUUGCAAGAAAAAUUCCCACCAGCACCCACAGCACUCGGGAAGUUGACUGAAACUAUUGUUAAGAGUUGCUUGACGGAGACCGUGGUCACUAGAGUGACAGACAAUAAAUUGAAAAAUCAGCCUGUUAUUAUUGAGGAUGUUGUGUUAGAUAAGUCUGCUGGUUCGCUUGGAUUUAGCAUUAUUGGGGGAAUCGACCAUUCGUCUGUUCCGUUCGGAAAGAAUGAACCAGGAAUUUUCAUUUCGCAUGUUGUCCCUGGCGGUCAAGCGUGGAACUCAGGGAAGCUCAUUAUGGGUGACAGGAUCUUAAAGGUCAACAACAAAGACUUAACGGGCUGCACACAUCAGGAGGCAGUUAUGGCGCUUUUAGAACCACAAGAUUCCAUCACGCUGUUUAUCCAGCAUGAUCCAUUGCCAGAUGGCUACAAGGAAUUGACAAUAACUAAAGAGGAUGGUGAGAAACUUGGCAUGCAUAUCAAGGGAGGUACAGGGUCGUCAAAACAGGGAAAUCCACUGGAUUCAACUGACCAGGGUGUUUUUGUGUCAAAAAUUAACUCGGCUGGUGCUGCCAGCAGGCAAGGUGGCCUCCAGGUUGGCCAGCGAAUUUUAGAAGUGAAUGGUGUUUCGUUAUUGGGAGCUUCACACUUGACCGCGGUCAACGCCUUGCGAAGUGCAGGCAACAACAUCCACUUGACUGUUUGCCUCGGCUACUCGAGAGAAGAGGUUGAUAAGCUGACACGAGAGGGCAAGUUGACCAAAGAGAUUAGGUCUCAAUCGCAAAGCGUGUCCAGCCUCGACCAAGAAGAUCCUGACGACUCGAGCAAGCAGGCGCAAGAAAUCAAGAUGGAGAUGGCGGACUGGGAGCGUGAAACUGUUGAAAAGAUGCAGAACUUGGAACUGGAGCAGCAGCAAAUUGUGCCUGUUAUCCCAGCUCCUGCUGUGACCACCACAAAUGACAACGCUGUUGUGGACACGCAAAGGGAAAAAUCUACCCCUGAAAAAGUUCUUGAUAUGGUCAGAGCAGCAGAAAUGUUGGUGCCGCAGCUGAACAGUGGUUCUGCAGCCAAUAACGCUAACAAUAAUGUUAGUGACACGGCUGUUUGCGGAGACUCUGCAUUGGCAGUCCCUCCAAAAUCCCCGAGACUCGACCUGAAGACGACUACGAUUGUCAUGAGCAAGCACACUUUGGGACCGCACACCAGCACUCCCAUGACCGGCGGUUCCAAUCCCUCGAGAAUUCCUGUCCUGGACAAAUCAGCAGUGGCCCCGGCAGCUUCUCCGAGUCCGCCCUCCAUGUCCCCGAUUCCCCCUCACAAAACUCCGUCGCCCAAAGAGGGCGCCUCGCCCGUCCCUGCGGUCAAGAGCCAGGAAUCGCCUUCCCCGCCUCUUGAUGAAGAUCAGGCCGCUGGCGAGGAGCAGGAAAGCGUCUACUCGUCUGCUGAAGACCUCCUGGACCCCAUAAUACGCAGCAGAAGACCAAACGCUAAGUUUACCAACACGCCUGUCAAGGUUCCAACUAUUACAGGCAAACCGAUGCCUGCUUCUGUCAGUGACAAACUAAAGUUCUUUGAAAAAGCAAUGGUGGAGCAGCAGCAGCCUGUAGCUAAGACUGAUCGAGUUUUCUCCUUCCUCAGUAAGGAUGAGGUUGAAAGGAUGAAACAAGAAGAAGAGAAGAAAAUUGCAAAUCUGACCCACGAAGAGUUGAAGACCUGGGCUGAGAUGGAUCAAGAGGAUGACGACCAAAUCAAUGCUGGCCAGGAUGCCGCCUUUGGGGAGGCAGCGUCGCCCAAGCCGUCCCUCAUUCCUCUGCCUGUCGAUCCGGCCCUAUCAAAACCGUCUGCUCCACCUCCCAUCAGUGCAAAACCGACCAACCUGCCCACCAGUGUGCGCACAGCCAAAGCUGAAAGGAGGAUGCGAGAAAUUUUGACGAAUGAAGGCUUGUUGAACGAAGCUGCUGCUAACUUUAAGGACUUGUCACCUGCAGAACAGAGGCAAAAACAGGCUGAGAUGAGAGCGGCUUGGAGACAGGCAAGAUUAAAAUCUCUAGAGCAGGAUGCUUUGCAAGCUCAAAUGGUCAUCAAGAAAAUGUCAGAAAUGAUCGAGACCAGCCCAGCCGCCCUAUCGCCAAUUGAGUCCACAACCAAAAUCACCACCAUCACCACCACGUCAGAGACAGACACGGAAAACAAUGUGACCGAGACCACCUCCUCAUGCACCAUCUCUGCCAGAGACGAGGAAAACAACGUUACGGUCGAGACGUGCCGUGAGAAAAUCAUCAGCCUUGAAUUGUCCAAGCCUGAAGUAAAGCACCUGGACCGGCCCACCGAAUCUCCACCCCCACCACCCACCAAGGUGGUGAGCCCCCCUGCCGAGUCUCCGCCGCCGACGCCAACCACUCCCAAAAGCAGAAUCCCACGGCCCAGCAACCUGAGCAUCUCGUCCCAACACGAAUCGGAAGAGGAAGAAGUCGAGGAGGGCGAGUCGAGCAGCACAGCUGCCGAGACGCCAACCACCCCUCAAGGGGGUGGCAGUGGCAACAAGCGGAAGCGCUCCAAGAAGAAGAACUCGCGGAAAGGCAAACACUGAGAGAUGCGAGUUGUGCAGCUGAAAUCAAAGGCAUGCUUAAAGUUGUUCUAAAGUCAGUACCAGUUUACUGACCUAGACUUUCUAAAAUUAAGGCGGUGAGAAGCAAAACAAAAAUCUUCUUUUCAUCCGUUUCUUCCGCAGCAAUCGAAUUUGAAUAACAAUUUUUAUUGUGCAGUUACAAUAAUUAGAGUAGUAGCAAAAAAAAAACGAACCUACGUUCGCAAGAGACAGUGCUGCCGAAAGCAUGGUGCUUUCCACGAGAAGUGUUGCUGUAUAUUUUUUUAAAAAACGACAACACUAUUUUUAGAUUAAAUGACCAGCAUUAAAAAUCCACCAGACACACUCACUCACAAACACACUCACAGUUGAAACUUCUUUUAAGUUGAACGUUGAAUUUACAUUAAUUUGUAGUUAACACACGUGCUUACGUUGAAAAAUCCAUUCCAUUUCUAAUAAAUAAAUUGAAAACCUCGUUUUAACAAUGCCCUAUUGUUUGGAUGCUAUUACCUAGCUCUUUGUACAAAAUUAACUAUUUAUACACCUGUUUAUUAAUCCGUAAUCUAUAAUUUAAUGAUUAAUUAAUGAACUAUUAAUUACUAGCUUAAUGUCUUCUAUUUAUAUUUUCUGUAGUUUUGUCACACUCGAGAAUGAAUAAAACACGAAAAAUGUAAUUGUGUAGCUCCGUUGGUGUUGGAGAAAUAAAUAAAAAUAACUCUAGGACUAA